AUGACCGGCUUUGGAAACAACACGCCAGAAGGGUUCAAACUCCCUGAGCAGACUUUCAGCUUCGAUACCCUUGAGAAUCACUUCCUCACACCAUCUGACAUCGGCCACGCUUCGCACAACAAUGCGUAUACACAAACCCGUUACUCCAGCUCCGACUCCGUCUCCGGUUCGGGCUGCGAGUCGACCUCGGACACCACCGUCUCCGCAACCGUCACUGUGCGGCGUAACAAGCCCAUCCCGCGAAAAGGUCACACCAAAUCCCGACGUGGUUGCUAUACCUGUAAACGCCGGAGAGUCAAGUGUUCCGAGAAACUGCCCGAGUGCGACAACUGCACCCGCAUAGGCCUGAUUUGCGAAUAUCCCGAACCGCCCAACCCGUCUGCUCUGUCACCAAUGAUCCUGCAACAAAAUCCCACUUCUCUCGCCCCUGUAUUCACCAUGGAAGACCUCCGCUUCUUCCACCACUUCCUAAUUGCCGCUUACCCGCCUCUCCCCGUACAAGCACACAGUGUCUGGGAUAAUGUGGCAGCUUUAUCCCAUGGUUACGACUACCUAGUCCACGCCAUGCUCGGCCUGGCCGCCUCACACCUCUCCCUUGUCACCUCCUCCCCCUCUUCCUUCUGCUCAUCCCGCUCCUCCGGCUCCCAAGCAGCCCUCUCUCAUCGAAUAAAGUCCAUCUCCCUCCUCAACCGCUCCCUCAGCACGCCCUGCUCUUCGCCAGCCGAAGGCGACGCCCGCUUCGCUUCCAUUCUGAUUCUUGCCUUCCAGGCAAGGUGCUUACCGGACGGCAUGACCGAGUUCCUGUCCAUGAUCAGGCUGUGUAGCGUCAUUGCUGGUGCGGGCGAGAACUCGAUCUUCAAGGAUUUGGCGGAGAGAGGGUAUUUGGAUAGCAUGAGGAAGAUGACGGCCAAAACGAAGGCGGAGGAGCUGUCAAGGAAAGGGUUCAUGUUGGAGCCGGAGCAGGAGAGGUUGGUUGAUGGGUUUCUGGCGAGUUUGGGGAGACUUAGGGUCAGGAUACUGGAAACGGGAAGGAGGAAUGAGGAUGGGGAGGAGGAGGGCAUGAGGAUAUUGGAAGGGUUGGAAGACGCUGCAAAGACGACUAAAGUGUCACCGGCUGAAGCGUUCCGAGAAUUAACAAGCCUUUACUCGCACAUGAUUAGAGCUUCAAACGCCGAUUUUGCCUUCAUCACCGACCCUGCAAAUUACCGAGCCCAGAUUCUUAUUCUGCACUUCUUUCUUAUGGAACAUGCUCUGGGCGAUCUGAGUCUGGGCGCCUUCCGGUCGCGCUUCGGAUUUCGACGAAAGGUCUGCUUUGCCUGGCUAAACGAGGUCACUACGCGGUUACCCAAAACAACCGAAUACGCCGAGCUGAUAGAGUGGCCGCUGGAGUUUGGGCAAAAGUUUUUAAUUCCAAGGGAGUCCAUCUGA